GUUUCCUUGCUUCCAUAAAAAGCGCACAGAGGAACUCAUGGAGCUGCAGACGCGCCCGGGACGCAGCGCGCACGCACACACGGGACAUGAGUUUGGACGCAUGCGGAUUUAAAAGUACUUUAAGAAGGACUUGUUGUGUUUUGUUUUGCUUUAUCGAUGAGAGGUAAAGUUUAGCAGACACUCAUGAUGGAGUCGGAGGAGAGUAAGAUUUCAGUGUGGGUCUGCCGAGAGGAGAAGCUCAUCUUCGGCUUGACGAAGCGCACAACCUGCGCUGAUGUGAUCCAAGUGCUUCUGGAGGACCAGAACUCGCAGCUCGGCCUCUCCAUGGGAGGCUCGCAGUCUUACUGCCUGGUGGAGAAAUGGCGAGGUUUCGAGAGGAUUUUACCGCACAGGACCAAAGUGCUGCGUCUGUGGGUGGCGUGGGGAGAGGAGCAGAGGAACGUGAAGUUCGUGCUGGUGAAGAGCGACGCGUCUCUGGCGAGCCACGGAGCCCGGAGCGCAGAGGCGCGCGUCGUGCCCAGCAAACACAGCCCCUGCGUCACCACGGGCACCGCGCGCUCCCCCAUGGGUGCCAUCUCACCUGAGAAGCACCGUCGGAUCGUUCGGAAGGCUUUCAGGAAGUUGGAGAAGAUCAACAAGAGGAACAGGGCGCAGAGAGACGCGUCCUCGGCGGAGAGGAUGGAAACUCUGGCUCACCUGGUGAUCUCUCAGGAUCACACCAUCCGCCAGCAGGUCCAGAGGAUCACAGAGCUGGACGCGGAGAUCGAAAAGUGCGAGGUGAAGGUGCACCUGGACAGAAUGAGGAGACACGGGAUUAACUAUGUGCAGGACACGUAUUUGGUGGAGGCGGCUGCAGCUGCCGGCCGAGAGGCGGACAAACUGUGCACAGCUCAGACCCUCGCCAAGUUUGAGGAGUACGUGCGGCAGUGCGAGGAGGUGGUGAGGCUGGAAGAGGAGCUGUGGCAGCAGGAGGCCCUCAUAGACGCCAUCGGGACGCAGGUGCAGGAGGAGCUGAACCACCGCUGGAUGGAGCGCAGGACGGAGGAGCUGCGGAGCAGCGACGCAGCAGGAGACGCGGCGGCGUCAGAAAACGAGCUGCUGUUGGAAGGAGAGAGGCUCAGGACGCAGCUAGACGCGAGUUUGUACAUCGGCCUGCGCCUCAACACGGAUUUAGAAGCAAUUAGGAGCGAUUUAGAGCUGACCCAGGAGAUUUGCGUGGCGAGGGCGAAGGAGAUGAGGGAUUUGUUGGAGAAAGUGAACACUUUGGACAUAGAGGAAAGGACGGAGGGAUGUUGCCACGGGACCGAUGUUAAGACGGGGAUGAUGAGCACGUUGGAGAGGAAGAGCGAGUGGGUGGAGCAGGCCAGGGGUCUGUCGAAGACCCACAGUGGGAACGACGACGACUCAGACACUGGCUUAAGUUCUCUGCACAGUCAGGACUCAGACAGCCAGCCAGUGUGGGAGUCACUGGUUUAGGAUUGGACUGACUGAUUGGAUCUGACUGUUAAUCAUUUUUUAAAAGAACUGCUACACUCUCAGGGAUUAUCAGGACUCAACAGCAACUGAAAACACUCUAUAUUCCAACACAGAUGACAGAAAACUUAGCUCAUCUCUGUGUGGCAUCAUAAUAAUCCCCAAAUGUUCCCAUAUUUUUUUUUAUGACGUCCCUCUUAAUACUGGUUCAAGAGCUCAACAAGAAAGUUGUUUUAACACAAAAAUAAAACUGCUCUUGAAGCUUGUUUGUUCCUCUUUUCUCCACUAAACUAAAAAAUGAUCCGUGCAGGUCUGAGUCGGGACUUCAGGGUGAUCGCACAUCACUUCCACAACCUCUGCAGUGCUAAUCCACACCUCAGAGCCAGCCGCAGCCAAAACGCCAAGUCAAAGGUCUGUGGAUUACUCUGCCAGCAACAUCUCAGAUAACGAGGAAAAAAAGCCUCUUCGCUGUGAAUCACAGAGUCAUAAUGAGAAUAUCUGCAGUCAAAACAGAGGCACACAGCUCAUGUUGGAGGUCCUGGACUCAACACAGAUGAUAGGAAGUUUAAUCCAUCAGCUGCAUGAAUACAUAUGAAUACAGUUAAAGGCCAGUUCAGGUGUGUGAUGUCUGAUGAAUCCCUGCUCAGUCUAUAAAUGGUCGCAGGGAGGGGCCGCUCCGGUGGUGAAAAACAAAUCUUCAAAUCCACAAAGUGUCAGGAACAACUCUUACGCAAAGUCAAUUUUCAUGUCGGCUUUAUGUGUUUACGAUCAAUCAUUUCACAGCGAGAUUACUUCGCCUUUUAAAGACACAGUGAUGUAAUCCGCAGACUGUAAUUCUGGGAGGUCGAGGGGAAGAAAUUCUUCCCUUCACUCUCUACUACUGCCGACGACCAAUCAGCGCUGGUCAUGUGAUGAUCGCGGUACAUCUGAAGCUCUGCUGAUCUUCAUGAGCUGUGAUAAACUCUCCUCUCUGCAGCAUUCAUGAUUCUGUUUGACAGCCAAACACUGCUGGACCGGGCCUCGUGUACUGGUAGUGAACUGCAGCUCUGUUUAAAAAGGAUAAGUUCGCCCAAAUAUAAAAAAAAAGAAGUUAGUAUCUACACACCCUCAUGCUGUGGAAAGUCAGGUGAGGUUUCGUAGUCCACAAAACGUUUCUGGGGCUUCACAGCGUUCUCCUACAUGACUGAAGUAGAGCAAAAUCAUACAAUGGCUCAACACAGCUUGUCUGGCUUCAUCCAAGGCUCCAAAACUGAUUUGAAAAGACACCCUUUUCAGACAAGGUGUGUGUUAAUGCUUUAAGACAAGCUGUAUGGAACCACUUUAUAUUAUAAAGCUCUGUUUUGCUGUGAAGCUCCAGGAAUGAUCUUUAUGGACCCACAACCUGACUUUCCAUUGACACGAGGCUAAGAAGAUAAUAACUGAAUUAACAUUUUUGGGUGAACUUGUCCUUUAAGGCUUCAGCAUUCUUCAAUAUUCCUUGUGGAAACGACACUGUGGCCCAGGUGAAUAUUAUUAUCCUCAUGUUGAUAACCAAAGAUGCACUGAUUCGACAGGACACGGAUGAGACUGAGCCACAUUUGUUUGUCAACGUCAUGAAAAUAAAACAAAGGUUUUCACCUCUCAGUUACAUUCGUUGUGUUAUACGUUUUAGUGCCACACAGCAAGCCCUGACCUCAUGUUACCUCACAUUAAAACCAAGGACUCAACUGGGGCGCGCAGAUUUUGGUGUGGGGAAAAGCGAGCACUGCUGUAGGAUCCAUACUUGUGUCAAAAGAUAUCCUCAUUAAAGAUUAUCAAGAGAAUCAAAGAAAGAAGCUUCCCUUAUUUCCUCCUUGAAAACUUCACACCACAAGCCAUACUUUUGUAAUCAUUACCGCUGCAUAUGAACACAUUACAGUCUGAUACGGGCUGUCGAAGAUGUCUGUUGUGUGAUG